AUGACUGUUGCGGGUCCAGCACAAGAGGAAGUGGGACACCCUCUCGAGGCCUGUGCGAUGGCGGCACUCGGUAUAGACCCCUUAGAUACCCAGCCUCUUGCCAAUGCUGUCCUCCUUACACAGGUCAUCCCAGCAUCAAGCUUUGACUUUCCCAGGUUCAAGCAGCUAAGAUUUGAGGAACAGGAAAGCGUUGCAUACAACCACUCGCUUACACAAAAAUGGGACAGUGCAGAGUCAGCGAAGGUCUAUGACUUACUCCGAAGUUGCACGGAAGUCGUAGCCAAAGUAUGUAUACAACCGUACACCCUGAUUAAGCGAGAUGGCAGACGGGGUAAAUCCCCCGUGAACUUUUUAAAGUUACAUUCCGUUUUCAGGGAUCACCCCCUUCCGCCAGCUCGCUUAAUUAGGGUGUACAACAGUGUCCUGACUCCGCAAGCUCGGGUCGUGGUCGUGCGGAGCAUGAUCAGACCGCGAGGUUAUAAGACGCGUGUGGCGCCUCAGGAUUGCGUCACGUUUGUAUGGGUCGAGCUCACGCCGAUGUUCACAUCUGUGAUUCGUACAGCAACCAUGAGUCGUCGUGGUGUUGCCACUUCGAACGUUUGUCGAUUUCCAACACAAUGGAAACACCGCCUUGACAGCCAAGGUCAUCCUGGUCUUUGCGCAAACAUUCUUCUAGCCUGCCGAAUAGUCAUCAAGAUUUCUCCAAGGGCCGGACAAAUUGGCAGGACAGAUCAGGAGCAUAAUAAUAAUGCCAGGACGGAUGGGAUGGGUGAUCAGAUCAUACUUAGUAGCGUCCGCAGCCCGAGCAUAAUCUGCUUCUCCCAUUGGAUAAAACAGCAGUCGCAGGGCUCGGAGGCUAUUCCACAGGGUGUAGAGGAUACCAUCGAAACUUUGAGAGAGGGUCUAGAUGGAUGGAAUAGUCAACAUCGGAACUCGCUCAUCUCUCAUUGCGCAGAACUUUACUAUCAACAGUCGGCGGAGUGGAAGACCGUCCGUGGCCAUUCCUGCAUCGGAAAACCAUCGAAUCUGAGAGGCCUUUAG